CACUUCCGGCCUGGGCGCCCGUCCCCCUGACCCCAGGGUCUGAGUCGCCGCUGCCGCCGCCGCCGCCGCCACCGUCGGCGAGGCGGGAGAGAGGAGGACGAGUGCAGCGCGGCGGCGGCCCCGGAGCCGAGGAGGGACCCAGACAUGGAGCUGCGGGAAGAAGCUUGGUCUCCGGGGCCGCUGGAUUCUGAGGACCAGCAGAUGGCUAGUCAUGAGAACCCAGUGGACAUCCUCAUCAUGGAUGACGACGACGUCCCCAGCUGGCCCCCGACCAAGCUGUCCCCACCCCAGUCCGCGCCUCCGCCUGGGCCGCCACCCCGGCCUCGGCCACCUGCCCCCUACAUCUGCAACGAGUGUGGCAAGAGCUUCAGCCACUGGUCGAAGCUGACGCGGCACCAGCGCACGCACACAGGCGAGCGGCCCAACGCCUGCAGCGACUGCGGCAAGACCUUCUCGCAGAGCUCGCACCUGGUGCAGCACCGGCGCAUCCACACGGGCGAGAAGCCGUACGCCUGCUCCGAGUGCGGCAAGCGCUUCAGCUGGAGCUCCAACCUCAUGCAGCACCAGCGCAUCCACACGGGCGAGAAGCCCUACACCUGCCCCGACUGUGGCCGCAGCUUCACACAGAGCAAGAGCCUGGCCAAGCACCGGCGCUCGCACAGCGGCCUCAAGCCCUUCGUGUGCCCGCGCUGCGGCCGCGGCUUCAGCCAGCCCAAGAGCCUGGCGCGCCACCUGCGGCUGCACCCAGAGCUGUCGGGGCCCGGCGUGGCGGCCAAGGUGCUGGCGGCCAGCGUGCGGCGCGCCAAGGCUCCCGAGGAGGCGGCGGCGGCGGACGGCGAGAUCGCCAUCCCAGUGGGCGAUGGCGAGGGCAUCAUCGUGGUGGGCGCACCGGGGGACGGUGCCGCGGCAGCCGCAGCCCUGGCCGGGGCAGGCCAGCGGGCAACGGGGCCGCGGUCCCGGAGGGCGCCGGCGCCCAAGCCGUACGUGUGUAUGGAGUGCGGGAAAGGCUUUGGGCACGGGGCCGGGCUGCUGGCCCACCAGCGCGCCCAGCACGGGGAUGGGCUGGGGGCAGCCGGUGGCGAGGAGCCCGCACACAUCUGCGUGGAGUGUGGCGAGGGCUUCGUGCAGGGAGCCGCGCUGCGGAGACACAAGAAGAUCCACGCGGUUGGGGCGCCGUCGGUCUGCAGCAGCUGCGGACAGAGCUUCUAUUGGGCCGGCGGAGAGGAUGACGGCGAGGACCAGUCGGCCGGCACGCGGUGUGCCGAGUGUCGUGGUGGGGACGCCCGGUAGGGGCGGGGGUGCCCGAGGGGUGGGCAGGGCCCCUCGGGCUCAGUGGGGACUAUCAGCAAGCAAGACCACGAGGCCCAGCGAGAACCGGACCGAGAAGAGCAGCGGCCGCUUCCCUCGGCCCACGCUGGCCCCCGUGUGAGGGGGACCCGCGGCCAUCCGAGCAGGUUCUUAGGACUGCCCACGGCCUCUCUGCUGACCCGCGCCGGCCCUGUGUAGGUUCCCAGCCUGGGAGCCAGAGACAGUGUGUGAGAGACCUGUGUAGAUCAGUCGGGACAAGACCCUCAGUGGAGAGGCCACCCCCACUGCAGGUGUGGGGUCUCGGUGUCUAAGGAAUGAGGGAAUCCUGGCCUUGAGCAUCAAGAGGGUCUUCCUUUCCUUCUAGGAUUUUCUUUUAAUCAUACGUUUUGAUCCCUCCCAUUCAUUAAUUUUUUUCUGCCCCCUGGGUUGUUGUCAAUUUUCUAGCCCAAGUCGUUCCUCUCCCUCCUGGAUUUGCAGUAGCAGAGGAGAGAAGAAGUAGCCUCCUGCUCCCAGCACUGUCCCAUUGGGGACAGGGUCCUGUGUGUCCUGAUGGUGGAAGGGAUGUGGGGGCAAUAAAUGGCACUAUUCAGUUGU